CAUUUCAAGAGAACUUCACAGAUACUCUACGUAUAUCUUUCCUUAUAUCAUAAAGCUUCAUAGUUAUUUCAUACUUUUGAAAGGAUUAUGAGUGAAAAGACUAAAUUGACCAUUUUCAUAUUCAUCACGACUAUACUUUCAAUUGUCUUUGGUCAGAGGAUCUAUUGGAAGUGUACUUUUGAAAAUGAUGAUUGUUCAUUUCAAUCAAAUGUACCAGAUCAAUUCCAGGUUUACAAGUUUGAAAGAGGAAAUCUAAAAACACCAGAAAGGGCUGAAAAUUGUAUGUACGCACGCAAGACUAAUUCUCAUCUGGAAGAGGCCUACUUGUUUUCGAGUAAAUUGAAUAUUCCAAGAAAUAUUGGGAAAUUAUGCUUCAAAUUCAAUAUUCUCAUGAGUAAUGGUCAAGAUGAAUUGUUUGUCUUCUUCCUAAAGGAUUAUCAAAUUGUUAAGCAAAGAGCUUUUUCAAUGAAAUAUUCACAUGAAAUAUUUAAAUGGAUAGAAAAGACGGAUUAUCUUUCGCAGAGUGUAGACGAGAUCAUGAUUAAGAGCUCUCGUAAAAAUUCGGCGACUUCAAUAAUAGCUAUCGAUAAUAUGGAAUUUAAUGAUUGUUAUGCUGAUUCAUCUUCAACACCUCCAUCGUCAACGAAUAUAGAUUCAAUAUUACAAUGUAAUUUCGACUCGAGCACUACUUGCCAGUAUGAAUUGCUAAGAAGCUCUCAGAAUCGAAUUGAUAAUUACGCUUGGACAGUAAGCAACCCACAACACUCUUUCUACGGAUUGCCUGAGCAAGAUGUAAGCAAAAAUGGAUAUUAUUUGCAUUCUGGACCAUUCGUUUGUUGGGAAGGAGAUAGGGUUUAUUUAAAAAGUUCUUCAAUAAUAGUAACCAACCCUAGAUGCAAACUUUCAUUCUACUAUCACAUGUCUGGCGAAAAUGUUGGAACUUUAACAGUUUAUACAAACAAUAAAGAAAAUCUACAACAAGUAUUAGUAGAAAAGCGUGGUCCUCAAGGAGAAAGUUGGCUUACCGAAGACAUUAGCCUACCAAUUGGAGAAUAUGAGUUGAUUUUCGAAGGGAAAUGUACUAUUCUUUCGUUAUCUCAUAUUGCUGUUGAUGAAAUAACUACACAUAACUGCCAAUCACCUUCUCUCUCAACUCCAAGACCAACUCCAAACAGAAAUUCACCAACACUCUUAGAGUGUCGAUUCGAGCAAGACUUUUGUAAUUAUUAUCAAAGUACUCAAACUCAUCAAUGGGUAAUCGGCAGAGAAACUCCCUCUAGCAAUACUGGUCCACAAGUACCAUAUUCUGGAAAUUUUGUGUAUUUUGAAGCAACUACGGCAACUAGAGGCUAUUUUUCCCUACUAGAGUCUCCCGUUGUCUAUUUCGAUAAAGAGACUUGCUUAUCAUUUAUGUAUAAUAUGCAUGGAAGUCAUAUUGGUCGAUUUCUCGUUUCUCUUAUCACUCUUGAUCAAAAUGAAAAUAGAAUAAUCGGAAAUGAAACAAUUCUUAACGAAAUUGGAAAUAAAGGAACUGAUUGGAUUCGAUUUUCACAUACAAUUAAUGAUUAUCCACAAAUAAGACCUAGAAAAUUAAAUUUUUAUGCUUUCUACGGAAGAGGAUAUAAAGGUGAUGUUUCGUUUGAUGAAGUUACCAUUUCUUAUGGUUCCUGUCCUGGGUCUGCUAGGUCAACCAGAGAAACGUCUAGUGUAACAGUAAGACCAGGACCUUCUCCAAAGUUAUUGGAGUGUCAAUUCGAGCAAGACUUUUGUAAUUAUUACCAAAAUUCUACAAACUAUCAAUGGUUAAUUGGCAGAGAAACUCCUUCUAGAGACACUGGUCCGCAAGCACCAUAUUCUGGAAAUUUUGUGUAUUUUGAAGCAACUACGGCAACUAGAGGCUAUUUUUCCCUACUCGAGUCUCCCAUUGUCUAUUUCGAUAAAGAGACUUGCUUAUCAUUUAUGUAUAAUAUGUAUGGAAGUCAUACCGGUCGAUUUCUCGUCUCCCUUAUCACUUUUGAUCAAACUGAUAGUAGAAUAAUUAGAAAUGAAACAAUUCUGAACGAAAUUGGAAAUAAAGGAAUGGAAUGGAUUAGAUUUUCAUAUACUAUACGUAAUUCUCCACAAAUAGCUCACAUAAAAUUGAAUUUCAUGGGUCUCUAUGGCAGAGGUUACAGAGGUGAUAUUUCUUUUGAUGGAAUUCAAAUUAACGACGGGUCAUGUCUCGUCUAA